UUUCCCUGAAAGUCAAAACAGCCGUUGGGCUGCGGUAACGGUCGCUCCGGUAGCUUCUUACGGAAAUACGGUUUAAAAAAAAACGGACAGCCGACCGUUAAUUUAACGUUUUUUUUGUGUGUGUUUGUUUUUUUUUAAAGCUUAACUUCGCAGUCCAGCUUUUUUUUUAAUUUAUUUUUUGGUUACGGUUAAAGGGGAGGAAAUAAAAAGCGGUGUAUGAACAGCAGGUGCACCACCGGGGAAUACCACACAGCACCUGCCGCUACAGGCUGAGUCACUGCUGGUGAGGAGGAAGGUCUGGAGAGGGAACGAGAGAGGAGGAGGAGGAGGUGGUGGAGGAGGAGGAGGAGGGGGAGAAGAAGAAGACGAAGAGGGGAGGGGGAGCAGGGAGAUAAGCCACAACAGGAAGCAAAACGACACACGCGCAUACACAUACACACCGCGUGCUCCGUGUGUGUGUGUGUGUGUGCGUCUGAGAGGGAGACUGCGCGAACAAGAGGGUGAACGGGAAAGGAAGGGAGGGAGAGUGACGCGGAGGCUGGGAGAGCCGGCCCCCCCCUCCUCUCCUCCUCCUCUCCCUCUCUUUCUCUCCUCUCCUCCUCCUCUCUCUCUCCCUCUCUCUCUCUCUCUCUCUGUGGAGCAGGCGUGUAGCAGCAUCAGACUCGGCGUGAAGGAACCAUGAGCGAUGUCACCAUCGUUAGAGAGGGAUGGCUCCAGAAACGGGGUGAAUACAUAAAGAACUGGCGGCCGCGUUACUUCCUGCUGAAGACAGACGGCUCUUUCAUCGGCUACAAAGAGAAACCUCAGGAUGCCGACCUGCCCUACCCCCUAAAUAACUUCUCCGUAGCAAAAUGUCAGCUGAUGAAGACGGAGAGGCCGAAGCCAAACACCUUCAUCAUACGCUGCCUCCAGUGGACCACCGUCAUCGAGAGGACCUUCCACGUGGACUCGCCUGAUGAGAGAGAUGAGUGGACAGAGGCCAUCCAGAUGGUGGCUGACAAGCUGCAGAGACAAGAGGAGGAAAGGAUCCAGUGCAGCCCCACCUCCAACAUCGACAACAUGGUCGAGGAGGAGAUGGACAUCUCUACCACACACCACAAACGCAAGACAAUGAGUGACUUUGACUACCUGAAGCUGCUGGGAAAGGGAACCUUCGGUAAAGUGAUUCUUGUCCGAGAAAAGGCCAGCGGGAAAUACUACGCCAUGAAAAUCCUUAAAAAAGAAGUCAUCAUAGCCAAGGAUGAAGUGGCUCACACACUCACAGAGAGCCGAGUGCUGAAAAACACCAGACACCCCUUUCUCACCUCAUUGAAGUAUUCAUUCCAGACUAAAGACCGUCUCUGUUUCGUCAUGGAGUAUGUGAAUGGUGGAGAGCUGUUUUUCCAUUUGUCCAGAGAGCGGGUGUUCUCAGAGGAGCGCACGCGCUUCUACGGCGCCGAGAUCGUCUCGGCUCUUGACUACCUGCAUUCAGCCAAGAUUGUGUACCGGGACCUCAAGUUGGAAAACUUGAUGCUCGAUAAAGACGGCCACAUGAAAAUCACUGAUUUCGGCCUCUGCAAGGAAGGCAUCACAGACGCUGCUACCAUGAAGACCUUCUGUGGCACGCCAGAGUACCUCGCACCUGAGGUCCUGGAAGACAACGACUACGGGCGGGCGGUGGACUGGUGGGGUUUGGGUGUGGUGACGUACGAGAUGAUGUGCGGCCGACUGCCGUUCUACAACCAGGACCACGAGAAACUGUUUGAACUCAUCCUCAUGGAGGACAUCAAGUUCCCGCGCACUCUUUCGGCCGACGCCAAGUCCCUGUUGUCCGGCCUGCUCAUCAAAGACCCCAACAAACGGCUCGGUGGAGGACCAGAUGACGCCAAAGAAAUAAUGAGACACAGUUUCUUCUCUGGUGUUGACUGGCAGGAUGUCUAUGAUAAAAAGCUGGUCCCUCCCUUCAAGCCUCAGGUGACGUCGGAGACAGACACCAGAUACUUUGACGAGGAGUUCACAGCCCAGACCAUCACAAUCACUCCACCAGAGAAAUUUGACGAGGACGGGAUGGACUGUCUGGACAACGAGAGAAGACCGCACUUCCCACAGUUCUCCUACUCUGCAAGUGGGCGGGAAUGAACUGUCCAUCACGGUGACGUCAUCACAGCUGGUCUCUGAAGUCAUCAAUGUGGGAUAAAAAAAGACCCACAGCUUUGGACCGACCCAAUACGACCGUGACUUGAGGGAUUUUGCCCUUCCUCCUCCUCCUCCUCCUCUCUUUUUCACCUCUCUGAUUAUUUUAUUUUUGUGAAUCCCCUCUUAGAGAGAACUUCCAGGUUAAAAAUGACUUUCUAAUCCUGCACUGCAACCCUAGGUGAUCCGAACUGUGAUGCGAUCAGUUACUAUGUAAUGUCCCUUUAAAGACAGGAGCAUCACCGGUGGCCUGCUGUGCUUUGACAUGUGUCGGUCCUGCCAAACUCUUCAAACAAAAAAAAAACAACAACAAAAAUCGAGUUAGACGACAGCUGAUCACAUUUUUAACGCAUACUGUUUUUGUGGCUUCUUAUCUGUAAGAUGGAGAUACAGCAUUUUAAGUCAUUCAAACCCAAACUGCCGUUACUGGUUGUAUCUCAGGCUUUUACAAACAGUCACAUACUCGGACUCAGAGAGACACUCGGGUCUGACUUCAAAUCCUCACAUUAAGUAAUUCUGGGACUGAUUGAGGCUGCCUGGCAUUGAGCAGAAUCCUACACACCUCACAUUCUCAAGCAGGAUUUGACUCAGGUUUUGCUCAGUGCAAUUCAUUAUUGUUGCUGCUAUUUCAACUGCUACCACAACUACAGGUAGUACUACUCCUCCUCCUUCUACUACUCCUACUACUACUACUGCUACUACUAAAACCCGGUGCUACACUACUAGCUUAAUGCUGCAGAUCAUGAUACAGGCGCCAGCAACACAUCGACCACCUGUAUUGAUGACUAUGCUUGUACAGCUGCAGAACAGGUGUUGCUACUACUCCGAAUGCACUGCUACACAUCAACUCUGUAGAUCAAGAUGAUAGGAUGUCAUGAUUGUGUGUGUGCGUGAGAGAGAGAGAGUGUGUGCGAGGUAUUAUUCUGGGUUUGUGUUUAAGAAGGCACCUCAAAGCACAGCAGAUCAGAAGGAUGAAGCUCCCAAACCAUGAGCUUUACUACAUUACCCACAAUGCAGUGCGAGGUGGUUGAUAUAUACAUAUAUACAUCGCCGCAGAGGUGAAAACGAGAGGAAAAUGGUUGGUUUGAAUGUCUCCCCACACUCUCCCAAAGUUUUUUUAUUUUUAUUUUUAUUUAUUUCCCCAAAUCCUUCUGAGUUUAAAUCUCUUUUGUCCCAAAAGGGAAAAAAACAAAACGAAACGGUACUUUGUGUCGACGAUGAUCGAAAGCUUUACUGUGACAUGUUGUUGUCAUGGCUUUGGGAACCACACGGCUGUACCUCUCUGUGUUUGUGCAGGAAAGGAAAGAAAGAAAGGAAGGAAGGAAGCAGCAGGAACAGAUUCACCUCAGUGUGGAAAAAAAAGAGAUGUCCAGCAUGGCAGGUUUGGGCAUUGUGAUGAGAAGAGACAGAAAGAGAGAGAGUACAGGUGAAAAGCUCCAAGAAUAAUAUGAAAUUAUUUAUAAUGUGAUAAUUUAUGACGUAUUGAAGAGUGAGGUGACAGCUGAUUUCCUGUGAGAUUCUUAUGAAGGAUUUUUUUUUUAGAAAAAAGAAAAGACAUUAUGGUCUGUGAGGAGGUACGCAUCAACAGUUUGUGGGUUUACACCAAUCACAGCAACGGUUAUAAUAUAUCUAUGUUCUAUUUAUUGUUCUACUCAUCGGUUUUAUAUUUAACUUUUUCUAUUGUUAUUACAUUAUUCUAGAAAAAAAACAAGAAUUAUUUCUUAGGGCUGAGAGGAAAAAAAAAAGAAAAAAAAAGGCACAUCAAGAAACAAAAAUGGCUGAAGAAUGUAGGAGGGAAAGCAGAUAGCCUUCCUGCUCCAUCGUUUAUUUUAAUGAUGUUUUUUGUGUUGUUUUUGUGACCAAAAUGUGACAGCCGAGAGGCGACAGGACACUUUAAAGACAGAUGAUAGAAACUCAUCAUUCUCCAACUCAGGCAAUGUACUAUGAAGGCACACUUCUGACCUGGUUGGAUACUGACCCAAACGUCCCCCUUCCAUAUUUAAUCUCACUACAGGUUGUUGUGUGUCGGUGAAGGGCUCGGACAGAGAGUUCAGAGAGAGAAAGAAGAAGUGGAAGUUGAGGAGAAAGAAAACAAAGUGCAGCACAGAAGUCUGAAUGUAAAGCGGUAAGGAUGGAAAAGAUUCAAUACCGAACUGUAAGUGCUACUGUUUACUGUAAGGGUGUCGAGAUAAGAGUCGUGUAGAAAGUCGAAUAAAGAGGUGUGAUGUGAGAUUUAAAGGUCAGUCAGUGAUCAGAGUUGGGGCCCGACCUCUAAAUCAUCCCUUUGCUCUCCUGUCUUUAACGUGUGCUGUCAUUUCUCCGGUCUGGACUUUGUUUGUUUGUUUGUUUGUUUGUUUGUUUGCGUCGUCAUGUCUUCCAGUCUGACCAACAAAAUUUCACA